AUGGUCUACCGAGUUAGAAUUCCACCAGCACCCAUUACCAGCUGUUGCCUGACACCGGACCAGAAAGACCAGCUGAUAAGACUGGUCAAGGAUCGUCCCGCCAUCUGGGACAUGAACUCACAAGAAUAUAACAAUGGUAAUGAACGACGAAACGCGUACGCGGAAGUGGCAAGAAUAAUGUCCGGAGGAAAAUAUAAAUAUACCUGUAAGUGUUUUACUUUGUGUCUUCUGUUUUUAGGCUUGUUGGAAGUGGAAUAGGCUUUGAUGUGCUUUGAUUUCAUAGAUAAUAUAAGCAUUGGUGUCAAAGAAGUGUAAAUUUGAUAAAUUCUAAAAUGUUAUUCGAAGAAGCUUUUUUAUUAAUGGCAACUCAUUUUAGUCUUCGUUUAAUGUUGUUUUACAGAGCAAGCGUUUCUUUGAAAAGUUCGGCGAAGGAAAAGUACGGGCGCAGUUUUGAAUACUCUUUCUGCAGGUUGCGGUUUAUAAACGUAUAAUAAGGUGUUUAUAAGGUGCUUCUAAGAAUAUGUAAGACAUUUUAGGCUUAUUCUUUUUAAUUUAGGCUUUUAAUUUUAGGCUUGUUUUUUAGUUUAGGUUAGUUUUUAGGGUUUAGGCUUAUUUUUUGCGUUUUUAGGCUUAUUUAUUAACCUUUAGGGGUUUUUGAUAAUUUUAUGUAUUUUAUGAUAAGUUUAGGCGUGUCUUUGGAUUUCUAAGCUUGUUUUUAAAAUUUUAGGGCAUUUCUUUAGUGUUUAGGCUUACUUUUGUAUUUUAGGCUUAUUUUUGCGUUUUUACGCUUAUUUUUUAUAAUUCUUGUCUGAUUUUUUCACUUUCAGCACCAGAAAUUCAAAUCGAAUGGAAAAAGCUCCGAGACGUGUUCAAUCGAACCCUAAAGAAGGCGAUUGCCACCAACACCGACAUUAGUUGGAAGUACUGGAAGAAGAUGAAGUUCAUCGCACCUCCAGAACAGUUGGAGCAACUGCGAGGCCAACAACUGUGCACGGCUACCGAAGACUGUGAGGACAUUGUUCAGAGACUCAUCGACUCGUCUGGUAUCAACAAAGAAGAGUGUAUCUUUGAGAACGAUGAGGAUGGUGAUGAUAAUAAGCCUGUGACUAGUUUGGAAUGGAUUUCGUAAGUUUUUAAAGGGUGGUUUGUUAUGGGCGGUGUAAAAUGAAGAGGCAUGGUCAAAUGAAAGGGUAUUGCAAAGCUAGGGGGCAUGAGAAAAUGAAAGGGCGUGUUAAGAUCAAGAGGCAUGUCAUAGGGCAUGAUGAAAGCAUAAGUCAUGGUAAAAAUGGCAAGAACUUUCUUUACAAAACAAAAAAUGGCAAUAACUUUCUUUACAAAACAAAAAAUGGCAAGAAUUUUCUUUACAAAACAAAAAGUUGCAAGAACUUCCUUUACAAAACAGUAUUUAGGCUUACUUUGAUUUUUUUUUGUAUUCUUAGGCUUGUUUUCAAUAUUUUGUUACCCAAAAAUAAUUUUCUUAAAUUCCAGUCAAACCUGUGACCAAGUCACCAACGAAUGUACCGACAAUGAAACCCCCUCCCCAAAGGAAUCAACCUCGACCAAAACGGAGGAAUCAGAAGACGUGAAGGUACUAGAAGACACGACAGAACCAUCAUAUGAACCAGUACCCAAGCGAAGACGCUUCUUCCAGCCGGCUUCCUGGUUGAACCAUUCACCAAGUGUCAGACUAACCAAUGGACCUAGUGUUAGACUGACUAACUCACCGAGGACGGAAGAUACCUUCGCUACAUUCGGAGCAUACGUGGCUAGCCAGCUGAGGUUCAUAUCCGAGAAGAACAAGGUGAACGGAGUCAUGCUGAAGCGAGAAAUCAUGGAUCUGUGUGUCAAGUACGAGCUGGACGGACUAUAA